UGUUGAUCAAGUGAUGUGAUGUCUACAGUAAGAAAAGAAUCAUCAAUGACUGCUUUGGAAUGUGCACUGCGUUCCGAUGGUAGUGCUAAGCGAACCGUUUCAUUUUUAAAGCGCGGUUAUAAGAUCUAACAGAUCUUCUUGUUAUUAACGUGACUGGGGGCUUGAUUCUGGUCCAGUGUCACUACGCUAAUUAAAACAGAAAUUGAGGAAAGUGGAUCAAUGUGUUGAUCAAUUGUUUACAUGUACAUAUUUAAUUAAAGAGAGUUGGAGUAAUGGUUAUUUUAUUACCCAUCACUGACCAAUGUAAGGUCAUAAAUAAUAUUAUUGUACAUGUAAUGAUAAACAUUUUAAUCUUUGUUUCAGCUCACUGGUUGAGUAUUGAGGGUCUUCAGCCAGCAAUUCCUGAGAAUCCACCGCCAGUUCCCAUACAAGUCCAGGCUAAGGAGAGCAGGGCUGGGUUAGCUACAGUGGUACCAACUGGAUCCAAAGCUGCAAAACUGCCAGUAGUAAAAAUUGCCGGCAAGGGUAAGAAACAGAGCGCUAUGAAAAAGACUGAAGUGAACUCAGGUGCCGAGACUACAGGAGACAAGAGUGAAAAAACUAAACCUCAGGUCACUCAUGAAUUGUCAAUGGAACAACAGUUAUAUUACAAGGAAAUUACAGAAGCUUGUGUGGGGUCCUGUGAAUCUAGAAGAGCUGAAGCUCUUCAGAGCUUGUCAACAGACCCAGGUCUUUACCAGAUGUUACCAAGAUUCAGUACAUUUAUCUCUGAAGGGGUGAGAGUCAAUGUUGCCCAAAAUAACCUCGUGUUAUUGAUCUAUCUCAUGCGAAUGGUGAAAGCACUGCUGGAUAAUCCAACACUCUACUUGGAAAAAUAUCUUCAUGAGUUGAUACCAGCAGUUAUUACAUGUAUUGUGAGUAAACAACUCAGUCCCAAUCCCGACACUGAUAACCAUUGGGCACUUAGAGACUUUGGAUCAAGAGUUGUUGCACAAGUUUGCAGGUCUUUUAAUUCCACCACAAAUAAUGUUCAAACACGAGUCACUAAAACAUACUGCAAGGCGUUGCACCAGGAAAAAGCUUCACUAUCAACUCACUAUGGAGCCAUUACUGGGCUGGCAGAAUUAGGACAGGAGGUGGUGAAAGUGUUUAUCAUUUCAAGACUCAAGAUUGAAAGUGCUUUGAUCAAACAAGCACAGGAAGGUGUGGAUCCUGUGGAAAAGAAUGCUGCUGAGAAUCUCAAGAAUUUACUGCUGAAACACUGCCCUGGUGUGUUACUCAGGACUCGCCUGCCUCCAGAUACUCCUGAACAGUAUGAGAGAGAUUUUGGUGUAAUAGGCCAUCUCCUUUGUACAAAAGUCUCACAGAUGCGGCAAGCAAUUAAUGCUAUAAAAAAGCCCUCUACACUGACAGUACGCACAGUGACUGGUGUGCUAACCCCAGGGGUCACCACUCCUACCACACCCACCAUCCCUGGGGUCAGUCCAGUGAAAGCUGUCACUCCAACCACCCCUGGGGCAUUCACAAUAGCCUUGUCUGGUGUAAAAGCUGGUUUACCCACCACCCCUAGGAGUUCUAACCCCACUACCCCGACCUCAGCAGGGCCUGCAUCACUGGCAGGUUUAGUGUCAACAGGAUUGAUGGGUACAAGUUCCGUAAAACAGGGAACAGCCAGUCCAGCAACACCACAGACAACUCUGCCUGGUGUGACAUCAACAAGUAACACAACAACUGGUGGUUCUGUCACAUAACAUCUUAAUUGUGUUUAUAUUGUAUUUAAUUGGGUGACUGUACAAAAAAAAAAAAA